UGGAGUUACUUAGUGUUUAUUCAGUUUGACUUGGCUGUUUGAAGCAGCAUGGUUCAGAACGCAGGGGACUCAUGGACCAAGGUUUCUGGACUAACAUGGUUGUGCAAAGGCCUGUAAUGGAGACCAACAGAGCUAGAAAUCCAACAGCAGCCCUCGGUGGGCCACCUGAUGACCCGGCUCGGGUGAUCACACCUGCUCUUCGCCCUCAUCAGUCACACAGUUUGUUGGAUGGUGAGAAGACUGCAGCCGUCCUGCUGUUCUCAGGGGUGUUCCUAGCCCUUGUGGGUGUCACUUUCACUGCCAUGGGCUGGUAUCAGUAUACAUCCAAUGCUAACUUUGAGUGGACCCAAUUGCUGGGCCCCAUCUUGAUCUCCGUCGGAGGCACUUUUGCUCUUACCAGCGUCUGCAAGUUUGGGAUCAUCUCAUGCUGGCCCUGCACACAGUGGGAUGAAGAAGUGCUUGUAAUGCCUGUGAUGGAGCAAAACUCAGCAGGACAUUCUUGUAUGAUAAGUGGCAGAAAUCAACCAAUCAGGUUACACAAUGCAGCGACAAUGCUAUGCAUUCCACCUCAGUAUAGCUUUACAGCCCAGGAAGUACACCAGGCCGUUGGGUUACAGCCUGGCAGGUCUGUGAAUGGUGUCCUUGCAGCCUGUUCUCCACAUGACGCUGUAUGCUGCAUGGAUAAUGCAGUGUUCACAGCAGAAGAAGGCGGCUCAGCUCACAACACAGAAACAGAUCGCAGACGAGGCAGGACCGAGAGGACAGAGGAUGAAAGAGGAUGUGUUGACGAGAGCGGCGCUGCCUGUUCACCUCCACCUGCAUACGAGGACAUCUACCCUUCCUUCAGCAAACACGAUCUGACAUAAGCACCUCCUGAAUCUUGUUAGGAAUUUCAUGUCUUUCUCAGCUUCCUCUUUCUUUUUAAUACGUCAAAGUGAUUUGAUAAAAUGUCCUGCAGAACAAAAUGUCCCCUGUAUUUCACUCCACAGCAACACAAUAGGAACUCAGCCUGGGUCUCACUUUCCUCUCACAGCUGUUAUCAUGUACAGUUACCAUCAUAAUUAUGUAUGAAGUCAUAAAAUCCACUAAGAUGGGGCUCCCUGGAAGAAAAACCUCAUUAAAAUGGAGAUUUAUGGACAGACUCAGCUCUAUCAGAGGGGCUCUAAGGUUCUGGAAACUUAGAGAUACUAAAUUUAUAUUCAGCAUAAUAAAACACGUAUUUAUCCAGAGCUUGUUGUCUCUCAAUAGCUGCAGAAACCACUGUACAUGCCAGUUAAAUGUUGGCAGAGGGAAUGUGGACAGCCACUAUCGCCUGAAACGAACAUGGGAACAAUUUGCUAGAGAAAACUUUCAAAAUAUUAUAUAUAGUCUAUAUUUUUUUUCAAUGCCGCAAGAAAAUUAGCUUCAAAAUAGGAAGACAUGAUAAUGUGCAUUCACCAUUUAGUUGUAACUGUUCACAUACUGGCAGCUUUUCUCAUACUGCUGUGUGGCAUUUGAAGACAACACAAAAGUCAAAGGAUGAUCACCUCAACAUGAGCAAAUCUGCAAAUGACUAGAGUUUAUAAUCAAAAUGAAUAUGCUGUAUUACUCCUACUGCUACCUGAAGCAGUAGUAAUAGCUAUUGAUAAUAAUCAUAAUAAUAAUAAUAAUAAUAAUAAUAAUAAUAAUAAUAAUAAUAAUAACAGGCUAAUUAUUAGAGCAGCAGUCCACUUAGAUGAAGCUGUAGUGCUGUGUUUAUUUCCUUUUCCUGCAGGAUCACUCAGAUAAAUGAACCAGUUUACUGAGGCGUUUAGUGUCGGUUAUGUUUGCAGGAUAAACACAAGUGUCACUGCACCACACGGGGGCAGAAACACUGAGGAAAUCAAUACACCUUCACCCACCGGGUCAGGUCAGGUGGUUUUACCGGGAUUAGAAGCUGGAGUAUAAUGCAUAUCUUAAAAAGACGAUGAUUAUCAUAAUAAAUGCAAAAAAUGUCAUUGGCAUUAAAUAAAACAAUAUUUGCUCUUUUAAAUCACGACUUAAAACCUUUCUGUUCACAUUGCAGGUUUUUUUUUACAUUAUGGGACUGUUCAUUCAUAUCUUGCACCCCAACUAACUCUUAUUCAUCUGCUUCAUUCACUUUUUGCUUGAAAAAAAUAAAAUAAAUUCUGUUUAUUAAGGCCUUAAAUGUUUGUUUUUUCGUGUCUCACUGUACAGCACCUGUCUUCUUUUUCAUGUCGAAAGGUGCUGUAGACUAUUAAUAAACUCGCCUCGCCUAAAAUAAUCAUUGUUAAUAAUUAAUGAGUCAAUUGCCGUCUUCGUUUCGUACUUUUUUCCUCGAAGUAACGCUCUGUGGAUGGACACGUGGAUAGAAUAAAAUUAAUAAUAAAUUGGGAGAAAUAAAUGAAUGAAUAAUUUGCGUAAAGAUAAAGUGCAGAAAUAGGUCUGUAUGCAGAUACAGUCAGAUCAUGUCAGUGCAUAGCAAAAAAUAAAAACCCUCUAUAUCUGUGUUUAUUAAUUCAUUCGUAUUUAAUUUGAUUUAAUUAAAUUAAAUAAUGUAUUAAUUUAAUCGUGAUUGAAUUAGGAGCCUUUGGAGAAAACACGUUUAUUUAAAUUGUAUUUAUGUAUUUAGAACUUUUUUCCCUAGUGAUACCAGUACCUAAAAUUCUGCUUUGUUAAUGACAGAAAUCUAGAUUAAAAAUAAAAACUGCAGACGAAGCGACAU